AUGCCUCCCCUCCUUGGCAAGAAGUUCCCCGUGCCUGUCGCGAAAACCAUGUUCCCGUUCUACGCUGCCGGCGUCAUCGUCCUCUUCGGCGUCAAUGCCGCCCAGAACGCCAUGAUGGCCAGCGAUGAAUUCAAGAAUGACCCGCGGAACCCCAAUGCCGGCAAGGCUUCGGAGAAGCAUUAG